AGACGCCGCCCGUCUCCGUGCGCGGCCGCGGCGGAACCAAUAAAGUUUGUUUCAGAUAAAAGCAAGAAAAGGGGAGUUAAAGAGCGGUGCCGCCGAGUGGCUCGCGGCUGCUGGCGAGUGCGUGGCUGCCCGCCCGCCCGGUCGGCCCAGCCCGGGGCGAGCCCAGGCGAGGACAGACGGGCUGCUCCAGCCCCCGCCCCGGCUGCGCUCGGCCUCGGCAGUUGUCACCGUCCCCGGGCAGCUGCGCCUCCGCCGCUCUCCGGGCCCGCUUGGCUCGCUUCUCCCUCCCCGAAGUGAGUCUCCUGGCGCGGGAGCAGCGCCGGGCCGGCGGCCGCAGCCAUGCCGAGCGGUAAGGAGACGCGGCUGCUGCACCUCGGCGAGAUGGAGAAGCUGGACAAGACCCUCUUCAGGCUGGAACAAGGUUUCGAGCUACAGUUCCGCUUGGGCCCAACUCUUCAAGGCAAAGCCGUUACUGUGUACACAAAUUAUCCAGCUUCUGGAGAAGUAUUUGAUCGCCACAAGUUCAGGACGCUGUCAUGGCACAAUCCCACAGGAAAAGAAGAUGACUCUGAUAAAUACUGCAAGCUGGAUCUCCAGAUUUCUGGAUCAUACCAGUACUAUUUUAGUCUUGGGAAUGAAAAAAGUGGUGGAGGUUACAUAGUUGUGGAUCCUAUUUUGCAUGUGGGAGCCGAUAAUCAUGUGUUACCUUUGGAUUGUGUUACACUCCAGACGUUCCUUGCUAAGUGUCUGGGACCGUUUCAUGAGUGGGAAGACAGGCUUAAAGUUGCAAAAGAAACAGGUUACAACAUGAUUCAUUUUACACCACUGCAGAAGCUUGGACUGUCUCGAUCGUGUUAUUCAUUGGCUGAUCAGUUAGAAGUAAAUCCGGAAUUUUCAAGCCGUGAUAAAAAGUGCACUUGGAGUGAUAUAGGAGCGCUUGUGGAAAAAAUGAAAAAUGAAUGGAAUAUGCUUUGCAUCACAGAUGUAGUCUACAAUCAUACUGCCACUAACAGUGAAUGGCUCAGGAUGCAUCCGGAGUGUGGCUAUAACCUUGUGAAUUCUCCUCACCUGAAGCCAGCGUGGGUCUUGGAUAGAGCUCUGUGGCACCUGACCUGUAUGGUGGCUGAUGGAAAGUGUAUUGCCAAAGGGGUCCCUCCCUUGAUUGAAAACGAUAAUCACCUGAAUUGCAUCCGUAAAAUAAUUUGGGAAGAUAUAUAUCCAAAAAUUAAACUAUGGGAGUUUUUCCAAGUGGAUGUUAACAAAGCUGUGCAGCAAUUUAAAGCCCUUCUAACGCAAGGUAAAAUGAGCACUAAAUCCGAUCCAAAUCAGCAUCUUCAGAUAGUUCAGGACCCUGAUUACAGACGACUUGGUUGUACUGUAGAUAUGAAUAUAGCAUUGGCAACAUUCAUACCACACAGUAAUGGCCCAGCUGCAAUAGAAGAAUGUUGUAACUGGUUUCGCAAGAGGGUUGAGGAACUGAAUGCCGAACAGUACAGACAAACAAAUCACCAUCAAGAGCAGGCUGUCAAUUGUCUUGUGGGGACUGUGGUUUAUGAACGACUGGCUGGUAAUGGUCCUAAGAAGGGUCCUAUCAGUAGAAAACAUCCUUUAGUUACCAGGUAUUUUACUUACCCAUUCAAAGAGCUGACUGUUCAGGAAGAAGAAACUAUGAUAAAUCAACCGGAUAAAGCCUGUUAUUUUAUGGCUCAUAAUGGCUGGGUUAUGGGAGAUGAUCCUCUUAGAAACUUUGCAGAACCAGGUUCAAAUGUUUACUUGAGAAGAGAGCUUAUUUGUUGGGGAGACAGUGUGAAACUACGUUAUGGUAAUAAACCUGAAGACUGUCCGUACCUCUGGGCACAUAUGAAAAAAUACACUGAAAUCACUGCCAAAUACUUCCAUGGUGUUCGUCUUGACAACUGCCACUCAACACCAAUUCAUGUAGCUGAGUACAUGCUGGACACAGCUAGAAAAUUGCGAGCCGAUUUGUAUGUAGUGGCUGAACUGUUCACGGGAAAUGAGGAGCUGGACAAUAUCUUUGUGAAUAGGCUGGGCAUUACCUCCUUAAUAAGAGAGGCAAUGACUGCUUAUAAUAGCCAUGAAGAGGGAAGGUUAGUUUAUCGUUUUGGAGGUGAACCUGUUGGCUCUUUUGUUCAGCCACGUUUGAGGCCUUUGAUGCCAGCUAUUGCUCAUGCAUUGUUUAUGGAUAUUACGCAUGAUAAUGAAUGUCCAAUUCAGCACCGAUCAGCAUAUGAUGCUCUUCCUAGUGCAAUGAUUGUUUCCAUGGCAUGCUGUGCUACAGGAAGCACCAAAGGCUAUGACGAACUAGUGCCACACCAGAUCUCUGUAGUAUCGGAAGAAAGGUUUUAUGCAAAGUGGAAUCCAGCAGCACACCUGGCUUCUGGUGAAGUAAAUUUCCAAACAGGAAUUCUUUCAGGAAGGCUGGCCAUAAACAGGCUGCAUCAGGAGCUGGGGGCUAAAGGCUUUAAUCAGGUGUACGUAGAUCAAGUUGAUGAAGAUAUAGUGGCAGUGACAAGACAUUGCCCUAACACACACCAGUCUGUUGUGGCUGUAAGUCGAACUGCCUUCAGGGAUCCUAAAACUUCCUUCUACAGUAAAGAAGUACCUGAAAUGUGUAUCCCAGGAAAAAUAGAAGAAGUAGUACUUGAGGCUAGGACUAUUGAGAGAACUGCUAGUCCUUACAAAAAAGAUGAACAUUUUAUAAAUGGAUUACCUAAUUUCACAGUGGAACUCAGAGAGCAUAUCCAGAUUAAAGACAGUAAAAUUAUAAAGCAAGCAGGAACUGCCAUAAAAGGCCCAAAUGAAUUUGUUCAAGAAAUAGAAUUCGAAAGAUUAACGCCAGGAAGUGUAAUAGUGUUCAGAGUUAGCCUUGAUCCAAAGGCACAAGAGGCUGUUGGUGUACUCCGCAAUCAUUUGAUCCAGUUCAGCCCUCAUUUUAAAUCUGGAAGUCUUCCUGAUGAUCAUUCAGCGCCUAUAUUAAAAACGUUAUUUUCUUCUAUUGCAUCUAAACUAACUUUGGCUGACCUAAAUCAAGUACUGUAUAGGUGUGAGUCAGAAGAACAAGAAGACGGUGGAGGUUGUUACAAUAUACCAAACUGGUCACCGCUGAAGUACGCAGGCCUCCAAGGGUUAAUGUCAGUGAUGGCAGACAUCAGACCAAAGAACGAUUUGGGUCAUCCAUUUUGUGAUAAUUUAAGAUCUGGAGACUGGAUGAUUGAUUAUGUCAGUAAUCGUCUGAUUUCACGCUCAGGAGCCUGUGCAGAAGUUGGUAAAUGGUUGAAGGCUAUGUUUGUCUACCUAAAGAGAAUUCCCCGUUACCUCAUCCCAUGUUACUUUGAUGCCAUAUUAGUGGGUGCAUACACAACGCUUCUGGAUGUGGGAUGGCGUCAGAUGUCUAGCUUUGUGCAGAAUGGAUCAACAUUUGUUAAACACCUUUCCUUGGGGUCAAUCCAGAUGUGUGGGAUAGGAAAAUAUUCUUGUCUGCCAGAUCUGUCUCCUUCCUUACAUGAUGUUCCCUAUCGGCUGAAUGAGAUUACAAAUGAGAAAGAACAGUGUUGUGUUUCCUUGGCAGCUGGUUUACCCCACUUUUCUUCUGGAAUUUUUCGCUCUUGGGGAAGGGAUACCUUUAUUGCACUGAGAGGUCUAAUGUUAGUUACUGGGCGCUAUCUAGAAGCAAGAAACAUCAUUUUAGCAUUUGGUGGGACUUUAAGGCAUGGUCUCAUUCCCAAUCUGCUUGGCCAGGGGACACAUGCCAGAUACAACUGCCGUGAUGCUGUGUGGUGGUGGCUUCAGUGUAUCCAGGACUACUGUAAAAUUGUUCCAAAUGGAUUAGACAUUCUCAGGUGUCCUGUUUCCAGGAUGUACCCAAGAGAUGACUCUUCUCCUCAACCUCCAGGCACUGUGGAUCAGCCACUUUAUGAAGUAAUACAGGAAGCAAUGCAACGGCACAUGGAAGGCAUAAAUUUCCGAGAAAGGAAUGCUGGUCCACAGAUAGAUCAAAACAUGAGAGAUGAAGGUUUUAAUGUAGCUGCAGGUGUUGACCGUGAAACUGGCUUUGUCUUUGGAGGGAACCGCUUCAAUUGUGGCACUUGGAUGGAUAAAAUGGGAGAGAGUGACAGGGCUCGCAAUAGAGGAAUUCCAGCUACUCCAAGAGAUGGCUCUGCUGUGGAAAUUGUUGGCCUCUGCAAGUCAACCGUUCGCUGGUUGCUGGAUUUAUCUGGGAAAAAUGUGUUUCCAUACCGUGGAGUUACUGUAAAAAGACAAGGAAAGGAGGAAACUAUCACAUAUGAUGAGUGGAACAGAAAAAUUCAAGGACACUUUGAAAGGCUAUUCUUUGUCUCUGAGAACCCAGCAGAUCCUAAUGAAAAACAUCCAAAUCUUGUUCACAAACGUGGAAUUUAUAAGGACAGCUAUGGAGCUUCAAGUCCAUGGUGUGAUUACCAACUCAGGCCAAAUUUUACAAUAGCAAUGGUUGUGGCCCCUGAGUUGUUCACACCUGAGAAAGCUUGGAAGGCUCUGCAGAUAGCAGAGGAAAAACUGCUUGGUCCAUUAGGCAUGAAGACCUUAGACCCUGAUGAUAUGGUUUACUGUGGAGUAUAUGAUAAUGCUCUUGACAACGACAACUAUAACGUAGCCAAAGGCUUUAAUUAUCACCAAGGACCUGAAUGGCUGUGGCCAAUUGGAUAUUUUCUUCGUGCCAAAUUAUACUUCUCAAAGUUGAUUGGUCCAGAGAUAUAUGCAAAAACUGUAGUUAUGAUUAAGAAUGUUCUUUCUCGCCACUAUGUUCACCUUGAAAGAUCAUCCUGGAAAGGGCUUCCAGAACUGACCAAUGAAAAUGGACAGUAUUGCCCUUUUAGCUGUGAAACUCAGGCCUGGUCAAUCGGUGUUAUCCUUGAAAUCCUUUAUGACUUGUAAAAGUUUAUUUUGAUUGAUUUGAUGAAACUUCUGUGGUCUUCUUAUUGAGCAUAAAUGGACUCUUGGCUUAUAUUGCAAGGGAAAUGUCCUGUUCCGCACAAUCACUUAAGCUGUGUCCUGACUUUCAAAGAUGCUGAGUACUGGCAGCUCCCGUGCCCUACGACUGUGUGGGGCUUGGGUUGUUUUUUGAAAAUCAGGCCAUGACAAUAAAACUGCAGUGCACACAUGAUGCAGAAACUUCUAGUAAGGAGCGAUUUUAAGAAUAUGCACAAACUUAAUUUUAAGUAGUUUUGGUUAUUUAGACUUUUCAAAUCAAAAUCUUAAUGUAGCAAAGUUAAGUGGCUCUUUCCUGAGCUAGAAAUACAAAGAACAGCUCUCAUGUUUUUUCUUUGUCUCUUUAAGAGUAAAUGGAUAUUUUGCAAAUGCAUGCUUAAAGAGGAGUAGACUAACCUAUAGCUUUCUGAGUUUGUUAUGCUUUCUGCUAUAGCACCAUACAGUAAUGAAGGCAGAAUAUGUUGUCUCUCUGUUGAACUAUGUUAUAAGGAAUUUUUUGUAUGUGUUCAGUUGAACACUCCAUUAAGCAACCACAGAAAUAAAGUUUACGAAUACGGUAAUAAACCAACAUUUGAAGUUAUAUAUAAAAUCUUUGAAAACUUUAAGCUACUUUGAGGGUUAACUUAUUAGCAAUAAUGAGGUAAUAUCCUAUGGUAAUUAAUUUUUGAAUUUAUUUAAAUAAUGUGGGCCAUGUAGCAAACUUAUUUCUUCAUUUAAAUCUUUUUUCACCAUGUGGAGUUCAUAAGAAACAUGUGCAUGUGCAUAUAUGUUAGGGGAGUCCAAAGAUAGAGAAGCCAAUGUGCUUGACUGCUUAAUUAAAUUAAUUUAUUGAAGUAGUAUGGUCACCUUAGCCCUUUAUUCUUAAGAAAAUCCUGGCUUCAUUGAAGCGGGUGAAAACACUUAACAUCAGUGGGAAGAGAUACUACCCUGCCACUAGAGAAGUGGAGGUUUUUAGGCCUUUUUGAAGUGACCCCACUAGGAAUAAGCAUGCUGCCUCUAUGUGGGGGUCUUUGGGAACUGCAUCCAGUGAAUGUGAUGCAAAGUGUGUUCGGUGUUCCCAAACUGAAGGGUGGCUGACAAAAAGAGCAGUUGGUAAUUCUCGACUCUCUGUUCAUGUGAUUUUUGUAAUGUUUUUUUUUUCCCCAUUUUAGUGUAAUAAACAGGCAGAAAGUGAGACUGAUAGCACUUCCCACAUCACAGGGAGAGAGAGCAAAACUGGUACCGCAUUUCUUAAUGUCAGACAAUAUAUGUUGAAAAAAUACACGCAGGAUGUAAUUAUAAUGCACUAAUAACACAUAGGUCAAGAUUUUAUUGUAUUUUCAAGUUUCUGUACCCUGUUUAAAGUACAGUGCAAGUGUGCUGUCUUGUUCAGAGAUGUGUUACAGAUAGAUACACUGAAGGGCAAAUUAAUAGGCUGAAGACAGAUGGAUUGUAACAAGUGGUUAUAUUCAUGUUAUGUGUUUGAAAGGUUAAUAAGUAUUUGAACUCCCCUUCUGAAGUGUUCAGUACUUAGACGUUAUGGUUAGGGAAGGUCUAUAUUAUACCUCAGCUUUUGAGCUGCUGCAGUGCAUGGGUUGGGAAGUUUUUAAUUUUCUUGACACAAUGUGUGACCGAUGUCAUUGGAUCAAAAAUGUUACUGAAAUGUCUGCCACAGGUUGUUUUUUUUUUUUUUUUAAUAUGCAAGAGGCAUACAUUUUUCGUAAUGUACUGAACUUGCCAAAAUUUUAAUAAUUAUAUUGAGGUGUAUGUCCUACUGUAUCACUAGCUUGUUAGUGUUUUCCUAGAUAAUUAUUUCUUAUUUAUUAUUUCAAGGUAUGUCUUAUAGCUCCUGUGGUUUAGAAAGUAGGAGCAAUAUGGCAGAAUAAAUUCUUCCUUGAUGAAAACACUUCAAAAUUGGAAGUACAGCUUAAGAGCUGUGAUGGCUGUUGAAAAAGAUUUCCACAAGGUGUCAAACUAUAAACAUUGGCAAUAACACUCUGCCAAUGUUGGAAAAAAAAAAGUGAGAAAACUAUUCAUCAAAACCUUCCUAUGUUAUUACAGAUAACUUUCCACUGUUUUGUAAACUGCACUGCUGAUAGAGACUGCAUAUUUGUCACUGCUAGUUUCUUUUUCUAAUUUAACAGUAAAAUUUUAAAGAUAAAUCAUCACUGUGUACACAAAAAUACGUAUGUUAUGGAACUUAUAAACAUGCCCAUAUAUUGUGUUGCUUCUGCACUGAUUAGUUGAGCAUAGUUUUUUUGACAGAUGUUUUAAAUAGGAAAAAAUAUGUAUCAUAUUGAUAGACUUUUCUGUGAAGUAGCAGCAAAAGCAAGAUUUGAGGUUAUAACGGGGGGGUUGAUGGUGGUUUGUUUGUUUGGAUUUUGUUUGGUUUUUGUAUCACAAAGCUACUCAAUACUUUGUCAAGACGGAUAGUUUAAAAAUUAAGAGGGAAGAAAGCAGUGUUAAAUUUAACACUUAUAUGAGCUUAUAUUAAUCUAAAUGAACUCUAUAUGUAAGUCAUAAUCCCCUAAAAAUAGCUGACUUACAUUGACUGAUCCUGAACUGUAUUUUCAUUCAUUAGUAUAAUUUAUAUUAUACACUCAAAAACUUUUAUUACUGCAGAGUUAUAAUCAGUAAAAACUGGUUUAGAAAUAAACUAAAGAACUUAGUAACAACUGUGAUCCCAUUGUGUUCCAGUUGGCGUUUCUUGAUCUAUAUGGUGUUGAGACUUUUCUUUUUCUUCCUCUCAACUGAAAUAAUUUUAUCUGUUACCAGUGUUCAUACAGUUAACAACUCUUGAUUUAUUCAGAUUAUUAACUUGAGUAUUCAAGUAAAAUAAUGUAUCACUCUUGCACUGCAUGUUGUCAUGUAAAAUGGAAAGAUGAGUUUUACAUAUGUCUGUCUAGCACAGCAACAACUGAUUUUUAGAAAAUGUCAUUAUUCAUUUAUUUCUGAACUGCACAAAAUAAAAUCAUUUAAUUCAGUCAGAAUUAACUUUUUCACUUGGUUGUUUGGGAAAAAAAGUCUAAUAUUUGAGAUGAUGCUGCUUGUUCAGUUUGUCAUUUUAUACACAUCAGAGAGAUCAUUAACUCCUCAGGUCAAAUAUUAAUUAAAAAAAGUGCUAACAACAAUCAGCUAAUUAAAAUAAAACCUCAUCAAUUUGA